AUGAUCGAGCACCAACUCGCCGGAAUGCACUCACUACUAAGUUCCCUGCUGAUAAGGGAGGAAUUGCACGGGCUCAGCACAGAAGAGAUCGGUGUCCUUCUCGCCACGGUACUUCUCCUCGUUCUCUACGACAUUUGUGAGUCGGGAAUUUCUUCACAUGGGGUGCAUCUAACCGGUACCGCCUACAUCUGCCGCAAGAUCUCCCAACAACCGACGGCAAUGGUUUCCUCUCGCACAUCUUUCCUGAUAGCCACUCUCGCCUGGCCGGAACUACUUCGAGGCUUCAGCGGCGCCGAGAAACUGGCCUUCGGUGAGGGCACACACCAGCGCACCCGAGAGUUCAACCACAUCAGCCUUCCCAAAACAAUCGGAUGCCCCAUCGAGCUCUUUUACGGCAUCAGCGGGGUCAUUAACUCUGGUAAACUAUACCUGGCCGGAACGCUAUCUUUAUCCGACUUCGAGCACAUCCUUGUGGCCGCAGAGCGCUUCUUCCGAACUUGGGACACCGAUGACGAGAAGAGAGCUGCCCUCGGCGAUGAACGGAAAGCCCUCGCUGAAGCCAUCCCCACCGCAUCAUCGCCCUGGUUCAAGCGGCUCCUGUGCCCACUGUUUAUCACGGGUGCUGAAACGUCCGUGCCGCACCAGCAGCGGUUUGUGGAGAUGUGCAUUGGCGAGAUCAAGCGGAGGACAGGGUUUCAGCAUGUCGCCAUGAUCGAGAUUCGGGGCAAGGUGUGGGAGGAGAGGUCGUGACAGGUGGAUCGGUCUCGAAAUGUGCCGUGGAUGGAGUAUGUAAGUGCUGCUCGUCUGCGGGUUCUGCUUUUCAGGGUGAGUUGUCGCGGCGUCCAAUCGACGCUUUAGACGUGCUCAGUCGAUCUAGUCCGGCAGCAUGAUUAUCUGUUCUUCUAGGCGCUGAAGGUCGGCAUUGAUGUUAAUUGCGGGUGGAGUCGACUCUGGCUUGUGGGUGCUCAGGCGACAGACUACGCAUCCAGGCCACCUACACUCUCGAACCUGCGUCUCUGGGGCGAUCCCUGAUUGCGGGCCGACGUUAGUGGAGCCUUGACUGUUUGUUUUUGAGCAUGUACGUAGCAGCC